AGGGGGAGGUGUGGGGAGAGAGUCAGAGACAGAGAACAUGUCGGUGAGCUCCUCCCAGCACAGCUCGUCUCAAGAGGGAGACCCUUCACUAAUGACUCCUCACCGCAAGUUUGCCUCAACAUUGCAACUCUGGACAAGAGGGACAGAGAACUGCAGGAGAAGUUGAUGGAGGCCCAGAGCCAGGUAGAGGCCAUGGCUCGGAUUGUGCAAGAGAUUGAGAGUCAUCUGGUGGAACUGACCCGCCAGCAGAGAGCACUUACUCUGGAGAGAACUGAGUGACAGAUCAGUACCAGAAGCGUCCUGGUUGAGAAGCAGAACCUCUUUACCUCGCCUUCCGAAGAGUCUGGUUCAGCACCAAUGACUGCGACGAAGCCAAACUUCUUUGCAAAGAUGAAGGACUUAUCGGAAAAGGAGCAGAACAUGCAAAUGAAGUUGUUGCAAGGAAGCCAGUUGCUGGAGGAGGUGAGCAUCAAAAGGAGUAAGGAGGAGAAGAGAUUGGAGGAGGCCAGGUCUAAGAAGCUCAGAGCUGCUCAGAACAAGUUUUCAAUGCUGAAAGACAGAGUAUCAGAGGUGCAGAGAAAGAAGCAGGACUUGCUCAGGUCCUCCUGGAAUAUUCCCCUCCCUCCUUCGGCUCCAAGUCAGCAGUCGAUGAUGAUAGAGGGCAUAUUGCCACUGGUAUCAACAAGCAAUGCUGUCCCAGACUCCAGCAAGUCAGUUGACUCUUACAGAGCAAGUAAUGAACAGAUGAAAGCAGAGAAAUGUAUGAAGACGUGAGAAGACAGAUGGAGGCAGAGAAACAGAUGGAGGUAGAGAAACAGAUGGAGGUAGAGAAACAGA